AGCCCCCUCCCCCCGCCCGGCCGCUGGAGUGGUGUGUUCCGCCCGCUGCCAUGUUGGAUGUACGCAUCUCUCCUGCUGGAGUUUCCAAAUGAAACUUCAUCUUUUCCUCCUCCGCAGAUAUUAAGCAUCUCUUUACUGCAAAUCCAGCACGGUCAGGAGAACCAGGGCAGGUGUUCAUCUGGAGCCGGCCGGGGCCGGGCAGACGGCCCCCCUUCCUCCCUCCCUCCUCCCCUCCUCCUGCCCGGGCGGACUGAGCAGAGAUGAUCCGGGCCACAGCAGCCGGAGCCCGCAUGGAUUCUCUCUGAGUGCCGGGAUUUGUCUCCGCCGUCCUGGGAGAACCGCGUUAGUUCGGGCUUCACUUGAAGAUUGAGGAUCAUGAACAGCCACGGGCCCCCGCGCAGGGCCGGGAACGUCGGCUCCAUGCUGCUCACCCCGCAGGAGAACGAGUGUCUGUUCGGAUACCUGGGCAGGAAAUGUUCGACGCUGUGCUCGGCCGUGGUGCAGGUGUACGGGUCGGACCGGAGCUGCAGCUGGGUGAAGCGGUGCUGCGGCGUGGCCUGCCUGGUCAAGGACAACCCCCAGCGGUCCUACUUCAUCAAAGUGUUCGACAUCAAGGAAGGAAAAACCAUGUUUGAACAGGAGCUGUACCACAACUUCUUGAUCAGCAGCUCCAGGCCGUACUUCAUCACGUUCACAGGAGACAGCUGUCAGAUCGGUCUGAACUUUGCCAGUGAGGAAGAGGCCAAACGGUUCAGAGCGGCCAUCAACGACCUGCUCAAUCGACGGCAGCGGAAAACAGAGAAAAGAGGUGACCCUAAAAAUGGUCCGGCUCUGCACAUGGCCACCGUGGACAUCAAGAACCCCGAAAUCAACAACGUGCGCUUCCACAACUCGCACGGCCCCCAGCAGCCGUACCAGCUCAACAACAUGCUGAGCCACGGCCUGCAGCGCGGCAAGAAGGCCAAGGCCAAGAAGAAGAAGCUGACCAAGGCCGACAUCGGCACGCCCAGCAACUUCCAACACAUCGGCCACGUGGGCUGGGAUCCAAACACAGGCUUUGAUCUCAACAACCUGGACCCGGAGCUCAAGAACCUCUUCGACAUGUGCGGCAUCUCUGAGGCUCAGCUGAAAGACCGCGAGACCUCCAAAGUCAUCUACGACUUCAUCGAAAAGAAAGGCGGCGUGGAGGCGGUGAAGAACGAGCUGAGGAGGCAGGCUCCGCCCCCCCCCCCUUCCCGUGGAGGCCCUCCACCUCCUCCACCUCCCCCUCACAGCUCUGGCCCCCCUCCCCCUCCGUCCCGAGGGGGCCGUGGCGCCCCUCCUCCCCCUCCUCCGUCCAGAGCCCCAGCCUCUGCGCCUCCUCCACCGCCUCCUUCCAGACCGGGAACUCUGGGCGCCCCCCCUCCCCCGCCUCCCCCCACCAGGGGUGGUCACCACCAGCCCCCUCCUCCCCCGCACCAUCACCACCACCAGCCUCCCCCUCCUCCUCCAUCCUUCUCAUCCUUCUCACACUCCUCUCCCCAAGCCCCGCCCCCUCCCCCUCCCCCGCCGGCCCAGCACCAGUCCCCGGUGAGCAGUGCCCCGGCGCCGCCGCCUCCCCCUCCUCCCCCCCCUCCACCCCCCGAGGUCGAUGGAGGAGGAGGAGACUCGCCUCGCUCUCCGGGUCCCGGGGGUAAAUCGGCUCUCCUGGAGCAGAUCCGAGGAGGAACCCAGCUGAAGAAGGUGGACCAGAACCACCGAGCGCCGGCCUCCAGCGCGGGCCGCGACGCCCUGCUGGACCAGAUCCGGCAGGGGAUCCAGCUCAAGACCGUGUCCGAGCUCCCGGAGUCCAGCCCCCCCUCCCUGGCACCGACCGCCGGCAUCGUCGGCGCUCUGAUGGAAGUGAUGCAGAAGAGGAGCAAAGCCAUCCACUCUUCAGACGAAGAUGAGGACGACGAUGAAGACGAGGACUUUGAAGACGACGAUGAGUGGGAUGACUGAAGCCCCUCCCCCGUUCCGCCGCCGCCGGACCGCUGACACUAAGAUCUCCUGAAAGUCCUCCAGAUUCAGACUCAUUGUGAUGUAAAUGUACCAUUUUGCUGUAUAUUUAUUUUUGCUUCUUUUUCUUUCUCUUUUCAACAAUGACUCUAAUUAUUCUGUGCAAUACCUCGUCCCUCCAUCCUGUCCACCCCGUCCGUCCGUCUGUCCGUCACCCUUCUCUCCAUGUGUUCGGUUCUGCGUUACAGAAAAGGGAGACUUGGGUGCUAACAGGCCGGAUCCUCUUCGUGUGAGAUAGUGGUUGCUUUAAAUGUCAGAUAACACUAUUUUCUUACCGUCCUUCUUUUCCUAGUUUCCAGGUUUCUCCUGCUAAAUCAGUUUAACCGUCUUAUUUUUUCUUGAAGACCAAAACGACUGAGCGAUCAUCAGUGUUUCUUUUUUUAUAUAGUCUGUAUUUGCACACGUUUCUACCAUAGUUUGUCUUUUUACUUGAAGUUGAAGAGACUGAAUGACCCAGUUAGUGACUCCUGAUGGGUGAACCCUGGGAGUUUUCUUCUUAAUGCCUGAUUGGUUGAUUUUUGUUCUGACAUCAUCCCAACAGGAAGCAGCACACCACUUUACAAAAAUAAAACUCAUCCGUCCAUCUGUCCCCGCCCCCCCGUCCAUCUGUCCCUGUCCCGUCCGUCCACCUGUCCAUCCAGACAGUCUUAUGCAAUGCCACUGUAAAUGCCUCCUCAUGAAAACUAAUCCAAGAAGCAAAUAACAAGAACCAAAAGUGGCGUGUUCCAGCAGCUUGAGGAGUUCUGCAAGGCGCCGCGAGGAAAUCCUAACAGCGCUGCUCUUAACUGUGGUGGAAGAUUUUUCCGUCCGGAGAUACUGACAUCCGACCUGUGAAGGGGGGAGGGGAGACAUGAAAACACUAAAUUGUAUACCUGAAUAAAUGUUAAUAUUUACAGA